GUUAGAAGUGUAGAAGAAGCGAGCACUUGUUAGUUUGCGUUCAGUCUGUGUGCUAUCAUCAAUCAUAACACAUCUGCGCCAGUGUGGGCUCAAGUUUGAAACCUCUUACGUGAUCCACUGGACCUUCCUGUUGUUUUCCAGACUGUGACAAAGUGAUCAUAAUUUCCAACAACAAUAACGGUUCCAUCAGCAAGUGGAGAAUGCUGAUACUUUUACCAUUAUGGGUGCUAGCGGUGGCAGCCCAAACUACCGAUGAUGGAUCAAAAAUCUACUUUGAAAAUGAAUUGCCGCUUUUCAAGACAAAGGCUUCUCAAGCGGCAGAACCACAGAUGGUACCCCAAAAGGUACCACAAAUGAUACCACAAAAGGUACCUCAGAUGGUACCUCAAAAGACACCACAAAUGGUACCUCAAAAGACAUCACAAAUGGUACCUCAAAAAGUACCUCAAAUGGUACCUCAAAAGUCACCACAAAUGGUACCUCAAAAGGUACCACAAAUGGCACCACCAAUGCCAAGUAUGGCAAAUGAUAGAAAUACCUGUAAUCGACAGUAUGUUGCCAAAGGUCUCCGGGAAAUUUCUAUCAAUUUAGAUAAUUUGAUUAGAAAAUAUAGUCAGGAUGAGAACACUCUCUUGUCACCCAUUCCCAUAGCAAAUGCAAUGGGUCUUCUCCUGCUGGGAGCUAAAGGAAGAACGGCUCAAGAAAUUUCAUGUCUUUUCGGCAAUAAUCCAGACUUUGAUGUUUCUCGAAGCCCAGACCUUCUCCAUAAGGAAUUGGGAUCACUAAUAGACGAUUUAAUUCUACAACCUGGAGUUUCAAGUGGCUCAGAAGUGUCGGUCGGAGCGGCUGUUUUCCCAAAUCAGUGGUACGGCAUCAAGAGUUCCUAUAUUGAAAAGGCCGCAACAAUAUACCAUAGUGACAUUGUUCCUCUUGACUACAUCUAUCGUGGCUCUGAAGCGAAGACAAUUAUAAAUAAAUGGGUCGCAAAUGCCACAAAUAAUCGUAUUAAAACGAUAUUAGAUAGAACUCCUCUACCCACAACAUCAAUAGUACUUGUGAGUGCUAUUUACUUCAACUGUGAAUGGAAACAUACGUUCCCUUUAACUAAUACCAAAAUGAAACCAUUUUACACUGGCAAGUUCACUAAGAACGGAGAAGAAGAAUACGUGCAUGUGCAAAUGAUGCUGAACUCUGCCGAAGCACUCUACAUGGAAGACAAGACCAGACAACUGCAAGUGCUCGGACUUCCAUACAAAGGCGACGAAAUCGUCAUGUACAUAGUGCUACCUGAGGGCGACCUCAAACAAGCAUUAAAUCAGCUGAGAGAAGCCGACUUCAAAGAAAUGAUCAACUCUUGCAAAUCUCGGCAAACCAUCUACAUGAUCCCGAAAAUGAAACUGGAGGCUCAGCUGCAAUUGGAGACAUUGCUUCCUGAGUUGGGAGUCACCUCUCUGUUUGACCAGACCAUCUCUGAUCUGGAUGGCAUUGCUCCUAGAGCUUAUGUCAACGAGAUCAUCCACAAGGUGGAGAUCGAAAUAACUGAAACUGGUACUGUAGCUUCAGCAGCCACAGCAGCCACUAUCAAUCGAGGCAAUUUCAUACCGGUGGUACGAGCUGAUAAACCGUUCCUUUUCUUCAUUCAUCAUGUAAAAACAGACUCUUUCCUGUUCUGGGGAACAGUGAUGAAACCCACUCCCUACACUUCUCCCAAGGGCUGAUCAGGUCCUUGGAUUCGUCAGUUUCAUUCUGAAACUGUAAUUGUGAUUGAUUUUUUCUAAAGAAAAAAUUUACAGUUUUUACUGUUUUACAGUGUGUGAUUGUUUCAAAGCUUUAGGUAGGUUACUUUUGUUUUUGUAUCACGUAUAACGUGAUCAUGUAUACGAAUCUUUUGUCAAGAGACAAAAGAUGAUUUGAGAGCUAGGAAGUGUUUGUUUAAGUACUACUUUUUAGAAAAGUAUUAUUCUAAAUUCAAGAAAUUUCUUGAGAAAAUAAGUGGAAAAAUGGUAGAGAGGCUAGGUACUAAAAAUAUUUGAAUGAGUCGUUAUUUAUCUAGGUCUAAGCUUGAUGGAGAAUAUACAAGAUAAAUUAAACUUAGCAAUCACCAUACCAAUCAAGCAUUUAACGUUAUUUGAAUUUAAAUAAGAAAUGAGUUGUAAAUGAAGAUGAAAAUUCCAAUCGAGUAAAAAUAAAAUUACUCCAAAUUAUUGGAGUAGAAAUAACAUCCAACUGCAAUUUAGAAAAUUUGAUAUAAUAUUUUCAACUCAAUUUACGAACAUUGAAAUUAACGUUUUUUAAUUACACAUCUUGUGAUCUCUUAUUAAGUUUUUCCAAUUGAAAGUCAAUAAGUUAGUUUUGAUUAUUUCUUGAAUUUAUGGGUAAAAUAUAAGUUAUUUACUUAAAUGGAUUGAAAGUCACUGGUAUCAUAUUUGUCCAAAUUCAUGAACUUCUAAAUGAAAUCUGUUAGUUGUUGAAAAAUAAGCAUUGUUAGAAUAAUGUUUUGAUUGUGAUUCGAUGAAAUCAAUGUGUUGAUUGAUGUUGAAACUAUACCUAUAUGAAUUGUGAUAAAUUUGUUCACAUAUUGUCCCGGUGGAAAUUCUCAAUGUAGGUAUUGGUAUAGUAUCAUUUAAAAUGAAUAUAAUAAUAUAAGUUAUCGCAAUCAGGAUUCUCCUAUUGAAAUGGAGCCCAUAUAUUUGGAUCAGUACUGUAAUUUAUUGUAUAUUAUUGAUAAGCUGUCCACAUUUAUUCUUACAAACAUAAUGAUUUGUAGUUGUGAAUUGAAAGUGAUAAUUCAUUUGAAACUAUGGAUCAACUAAGCUGUUCCACUAUCCAAUUAAUUCUUUUGGAUAAAUAAGCCUAUAUCAGUUUUGAAAAAUAUCAAGUUGUAAUAAAGACCGAAGAAGAUGUUUUUUAAAAUUUUUACAUUUAGCUCACAGUUAAAAUUUUUAUUAAUUUUAAAUUAACUAAUUUUUAUUAAUCCAUAGUUUCUUUUAAGAAUCAUGUCUAACCUAUAUGUUUUCAAUGAUAAUCUAGAAAAAUGUCUUAUUCAUAAUGUUUUUUUUUCUUUAAAGAAUUGUGAUAUUUUUCAAUUAAAACUAUAUAGCCCAACUCUACAAAAGAUUAAAUUCAACUGGUGCUCCCUUUGACUAGUCAUUAUUUCCAGGGAUAUAAUAAAUAAUCAAUAUCAUUAUUUUUUUUAAAUAACAGAUAGAUGUUUUGAUUCAUUAAUUAAGAAAAUAAAAUACAUUUUGAUUAAUAAUAUAUUACACAUUCUGUGUAUUUUUCUGUUACAGUUAUAUCAAUACUUAUAGUAAUAAAUUGUCAUGUAUAAAACUUGUACUACAGAAGUAACGCUACAGUACUCUAUAAUAAUAAUGUUGUGAAUGUUUCCAGUUCAACUGGCUUCUGCAGCAUUUGACAUGAAUAAAAGUACCAUGAAUUCGUUUCAUAGAAACAACAAACAAA